CUUUAAUGUCCAAGAUUGAUUAUGAGCACGAGAAACUCAAACUACUCGUUCCAGUCGUGUAGUCAGCCCGGCCUUUGUUGUGAGUGUGAUUGUGAGCCUUCAGAGUCUGUCAGUCAGAACAAAACAGAAAUAGAACUAGCAAGAAGCAUCAACCCGCCGUUCCCUGGCAUAGAUCGAUCUACAUCAACAUCAUCAUGGCAAGUACUUCUACCAACGCGGCUAGUUCAUCUGCAGCGGUGUCCGGCAUACAUCAGAAAAGGCAUAAUUACAAGCUGCGCGUGCGCAUUGAGGUUGAUGAGGUCUCCAAGUUUCUGGAGUACGGCCCGGACAGAGACUCCUUCGAGAGGGACCAUGACGAAAUUCGAGCGUCAAUUACGAGUUUUCUCGGGCGCGGCACCUUUUUCCAAUACGUUCAGGACCCUCUCCGCCGCGAGUGUGCGACAGUGGUUCUUGCGCAAGAGGCGCAAAGGGCCGUGGUACUAAAGAAAUGUUCGUCCGCCUCUCCCACCGGUCUCCUGGGCCACAGGUUGGCGCUGGUUCGCGUAUCGGCUGCUGAGGACGUUCUACCUGACUGUGGUGCAACCGCAGGCACAGCAGCAGAGGAUGCAGGUGCGUUCGGUGGUGCCAACAAGGGGUUUAAAAGGGCAGCACCUCCUCCUCCGGACGUAAUAUUGGGACGAAACUCCGCCUUAGCGGGUAAGGUUCGACGCAAAACUGACGCGGGUCAUUGCGACGUCCAACCACAGAACUGCUCUGAAGCUUCGCGAAAAGUGUCUGAGCACGACAAGCUGACGCUUCCUGUUGUUAGCGUUCGUGACGAAGCAGCAGCAGACCCGUUGCGCUGCACCGAUCGCGAUUGCGAUAACGGAAUCCACCAGACUUCCAAGACGCGAGCACACGGUGGGGAGCUUGCCGACGGCCGCGCGGAAGUAGACGAUCAUGGUAAGGAAGGAGGGCAGAGGCAUAGUGAUGGCAUUUUUUCCUGCACUGUAUCAUGAAGAUACUUAUUCCGAUAAAAAUCCUACAUAUCAGAUUUUCCAAAUAGCCCAACAAUUGACUUUUCUGCUUCCAGGUCAACACCGGAGUCUAAUUCCUGUGGAUGCUCAGCUCCACGCAGGUCGAAACCCCACGAAUGUGCUGCGACAUUUGCUGGAGCUCGAUUACACAGCGCUCAAAGCACAAUGUCGUGAAGUCCACGAUAUCUCUGUCUCCUGCGACGAGCCGCAGGAGAAGCUGAUCAGCAAAAUAGUGCUGUCUCUGUGUUCCCAAGACUGCGACCGUUCGGCGAUGGUGCGGUUUCUGGCGGCAAAAGCCGCCACGGAGUGCCGUCAGCUUGCCGCUUUCUGUCCGCGAUUCUGCAGCGCAGCCGUGAAUUCUGCCGAGCGCCGAGACCUGGAUGAGCAGUGCAGAGCUGCAAGGAAGAGGCUCGAGAAAAUGAUGACCGUGCGCGAGCACUUGCUUCAUGACGGCAGGACCGCAUUGAUGGCCCAGACGAGACAGGAUGCUGUGGCGGGUCCGUGAAGCCGUCGCCACAUUGAGCGAAGCUGCUUCAUGUCCUCAUUCCGUGACCCUAACCGCCUUCUGGUUCUGUUGCGGCGAGCCGAGCCGGACCAUCGUGUGAAGGAAGAAGAUCCUCCGUUCUGAACUGAGAAGGCAACCGAGAAUCACAUCGUGCAAGGAGAACCAAUUCCCUCCUCAUGCAGGCCUGUAAGAAAGUGAAAGUACCGGGUCCGACCUCAAGUGCAGGAUAGGUGAAAUAAUAUGUAUUUGUAUCUGUGGAGAUGCACUAGUUUUAGCUGUGCAUAGAAAUAGUUAAAAAAGAUGCUGAGAUGUAGUACCUUGUAGGACGACCGGUUUCUCGGCGUCUCUGUGGCAGGAGGAGCACCGGG